AUGGGAAAGCUUCUUGCACCACCGUUUCUGGGGUGCCUCAUUGCCGUUUCGAUGGCACUCAAUGGACACGCGUCUGAGCGGAGCGGUGUCAUUCCUUCCGCCCCCUGCAACCCUUCGGCAGAACCUUCCUCAGACCAAGGGUGCAAUACGCCCGUGCGGGACCACACGAAGCCGUGGCAGGAGUCGGCAGAACACGGGGAAGCCGUCGAGGGCAAAGAAGCAGAGGCAGCGCAUGAUGUGCACAAAGAACAAGACCAAACUGAGAGAGCCUCUCCUGGAAAGAGAUCAGAUACCGGAGAUCUUCCGUAUGUAUACGAUGCUUCAGCGAAGCCCCGGAGCGGUACACGCCCAGACGGUCAAGGCUCGUACCCCCUAUACUACACAUCAUAUCAUAUGCUUGCCCCAUCCCCGGCAGAGAGUCGGCGUCCCGGUAUUGAGUAUUUCGGUGAACCACCGGAAAGCACAGAUCCGAGCUACUACGGACUGUACCAAGAUUUGGCCAGAGAUGUGUUUGCGAAAAGGUAUAUCGAGCUGCGCAACGCAGGUGAUCCCCGCGCGAAGAUAUAUGCCAAACCAGGUGGACAUCCACGUAGACUGCGCCGGGAUGAUGCAGAGAGGCCGGACGAUGAAGACUACUAUACAUUCUGA